GAGGUAAACAUGGAUGUGGUGUCAGGUGUGUUAUAAAUUAGACCGUGCGACACCGAAUGUGCAACACGGAAGGUCCGAGUUGGUGCUACGAAAACGGAUGGUCCGUUUUGUUGCAUGGUGAACACGCGGCACGCGAAUGUAGCUCCCCAAAGGGUGUCCCACAGACCAAAACGCGGGAUGUAUUAAGGACUCUCACCCACCAUCCGAGUUAUUACUUUGAGCCUUCACUUUCAACCUCAAAACUCCAUAGUUGUGCUUCCUUUCUCUGCUGCUGGUGGGUUUGCAUGGUGGAGAAAAUAACAAAAUGUCAAAAAAAAAAAAAUAAAUUUAAAGAUGUUGAUCGCCCUGAGCUUCAUAUUAUGCACUAUCUUAGUCAUUCUGAUUAUAAAUUAAGAAUGUUGACCUGUGACCAUCCAGUUCCGCCGGAUCGGUACAACGAUCAAGUGGAGGAGCAUUUACGAGUUACUGGAUUCUAUCAUGCAUCUCAAAUUGGUGUCGUACAAAAUCAGAAAGCACUCGUGAAUGCUCUAAUCGAACGCUGGCACCCUGAUACACAUACGUUUCACCUUCCAAUUGGUGAAUGUGCCGUAACUCUUGAAGAUGUUGCUCUAAUUCUUGGUCUUCCGACGGAUGGUUUUCCAGUUACUGGGAUGACAAUUAGUAAUUUUUCAGCGUUGGAGGUGGAGUGUUUGCAUCAGUUUGGAAUCGCACCACGUAAGUCAGAGUGUAGAGGAUGCUGCAUAAAACUGACUUGGCUGCGGAAUCUAAAAGAAAACAUUCAGUUGACUGAUGAAAUAAGUAUACAGAGGUAUGUGAAGUGCCACAUUAUGUUGCUGAUCGGGACGAUCUUGUUUGGGGAUAAAUCUGGGGCAGGUGUGCAUUGGAAGUUUCUACCCUUGCUUCGUGAUUUUGCGAGUAUUGGACAGUAUAGUUGGGGAUCGGCAUGCCUAGCACACCUCUACAGGGCAUUAUGCAGGGCAUCUCGUUAUAAUUGUAAGGAAAUGGAUGGUCCAAUAACACUUCUGCUCGGUUGGGCUUGGAUCCGACUGCCAUAUCUAUCGCCGCUUCCUAGGGAACCCCACAGUUUUCCACUAGCCAACAGGUGGCGUAACUGGGAGCGUGGUUACCGACGAUAUAGAUAUCUGAAUCUAGCUCACUUUAGGAAGGCCUUUGAUGAACUCCAGGAAGGCCAGUUUGUGUGGGUUGCAUAUGCUGUGGAUCGCGUGGAUCCGAACAUCAUUCCUGCUGAAAUCUAUAUGCAGUCGGUUGUGUGGAGUGCUACUGUUCUGUUGGUGUCAUUUGAAUGUAUCGAGUGGCAUGCUAUCGAUAGGUAUAGGCGACAGUUCGGUUUCGUACAGGGAGUACCUCCUCAAGAGUGGAGUCUGGACAAGGCCCAUGGAGAAGUCCUGACUGGUCCUAAGAAUCUUAACUGGGCCACAAUACCGAGUCAUUCAAGUUGGGUUAUGCAUUGGACAAACAGGUAUAACUACAUCCUUUCUGAGCUUCCCAUGAAUUCACAGCAUCCAUUGGAAACUUACAUGGACUGGUACCGGUCAAAAUAUGGGGACCGCUUGAACUUGUCGAAUCUUGUGGGUCAAGACAGUGAUGAGGGUAAUCAGGAUAUGGAUGAGGGUAAUGAGGGUAUAGAUGAGGAUAAUGAGGGUAUGGAUGAGGAUAGUCAAGAUGCGGAUGAUGACAAUGUGGAACUGGAGCCACAGUCGCCGCAAACAUCUAUUCUGAAUCCACUUCCACAAGAACAACCUCAGUUCUCAAGCCAGUACGUACCUCAGACACAGUUCACCCCGUCAUUUCCAAUGCAUCAACAAUAUUGGGGUAUGUCACAGUUUGAACCCAGAAAAGGAGGUUCUUUUAGCCAAUUGCUUGGGUUCAUGGCUGCAGAUGCAGGACAAUCACAAUAUGGCAAUCAACCUGAGUUCCUGGCGGGUAGGUAUUCAUUGGAUGCGAGGCUCCCGUGUCAUACCUCAUCGGUCGCUUUUGGAGGGUUCGUAUCUGUUGACUCUAAUAGAAAUGAAGGUGGAUGCGGAGUUCUUAAUAGUCAAAAUUCUAACCGUAUUUCCAUGGGACCUCUUCAAGAAGAUGCUAACACACCCGAGCUAGAUACGAAUGCGUAUAUAGUAGAUGACCCGAAUGAGGAGGAUGAAAUAGAGGAGUUCGAUGAGGAUGAGGAAUCCCACAAUGAUGAUCAGGCACACACUCCGGAUGACAAAGGCAAAUGUUACAAUUUGAGGAUUGAUCCGCCACGUCGCAGCGCUAAUCGAUAUACUCCAUCUGUGUUCAAAAGGGCCGCAAAGAAAUGCAAGAACUUUGUGAAUGAUGUAAAGUGGACAAUAAAAAAGUAGUUGUGGUGUAAUACUCUUAUUUUUGUCUUAAAAAUGUGGACUAUGUUUAGGAUACUUUGCAUGUGUUGGACAUUAUGUAUUAAUGAUUUGGACUAUUGUAUGUUUAGAGUAUUUAUGUAUUCAUAAUAACGUGGACUAUGGUAUGUUUAGAGAUUUUAUGUAUCAAUAAUGUGAACUAUGGUAAUGAGUUUUACUAGAUGGUAUGUUUAGAGUAUUUAUGUACUUA